AUGGCAGGAUCAAGUGCCUCUGAGGUCAUCUUUAUCUCUGUCAAUCACAACAUCACUUUGAUGGGGAAGGUGUGGCUCAUUGUGAUGAUCUUCCUCCGUCUCCUGAUCCUCCUCCUUGCUGGUUAUCCUCUCUACCAAGACGAGCAGGAGCGAUUUGUGUGUAACACCAUUCAGCCUGGCUGCGCCAACGUGUGCUAUGAUCUAUUUUCUCCCAUCUCUCUAUUCCGCUUCUGGCUGGUGCAACUUGUCACCUUGUGUCUCCCCUCCAUCAUCUUUAUCAUCUACGUGGUCCAUAAGGUCUCGAAUGGCCUCAGUGUGGACCUGAACUCAUCGGGUCACCCCAAAGCCUUGCCGCUGUUCAAGAUCCACCAGGAGCCGUUCAGCAAGACAUCUGUAAACAAGAUGCCUCUGGUGGCUGAGCGAGGGUGGGCACGGUUCUUCACGGGAGCCUACUUCCUCCAUCUAAUGUUCAGAACAUUGCUGGAGGCAGGGUUUGGGGCAGCUCACUACUAUCUGUUUGGUUUCUACAUCCCCAGGAGGUUCCUGUGCCAGCAUCCGCCGUGCACUACCCAGGUGGACUGCUACAUCUCCAGGCCAACUGAGAAGACAGUGAUGCUCAACUUCAUGCUCGGUGUGGCUGCUCUGUCCCUUUUCCUGAACGUGUUGGAUUUCAUCUGCGCCAUCAAGCGCUCCGUGCAGCAUAAAAGCAAGAAGAAGAUGAUGGUGGAGAAGGUAUAUGAGGAAGAGCAGUGUUUCCUUUCAGCUAGAGGAGCCUCCACAGGAAUAGACCCAAACGCCUCCCUGGCCCGGCAGGAUUUAGAGGCAGAGGCUGGUCACAAGGGGAGUUUCAGGAAAAGGCAAGGCAGCAAGGGCUCUUGUGGAGGGGGAGUGCUUGCUUUAGGUCAGGAACCCCCCUGUUUGGAGCGCUCCUCUCUUCCACGCUCUCCAGGACCUUCAGGCUGCAACACUAACGGGAACAACGGCUACUCUUUCUCCCAAGAGGAGGCUCCAGAAAGGAAUGGCAGCGAGGUGGCUCUCUGCCCCCCAGAGCCAAUGGGAACACCAAGAUCCAUCCGUGUUAGCAAACGCAGUCGACUCAAACCGCCGCCUCCGCCCAGACGAGACCUUGGUUCAUCCCCUAGUGAGCCAGCAGUGCCUUUCGGGAGUGUUUCAACAGCGACAGCAAUUUGUUCCAGAAAGGUGGGUCAGUAUAUGCUGGUUGAGCUGGGUAGCGGCGCAGAGCCACAGCCCAAUGAUGAUGGGCAAGAUAAAAGAUCAGAGUGGGUGUGA